AUGCCUCCUAAUACAACCAUGGCGACUGACUCCGGCAUGGACUCCCCCGUUGUGGGCGCCAGUGUACGCGUACCAGGACCUCCACAGAAAAGCCAAGCACCGGACCAGCUACGAGUCAUGGUGGCGGGCGAGAGUGGGCUAGGCAAGACGACGUUCCUGAACAACAUCUUUCGGCAUCUCAAUCGAGGCGAAAAUCCGAUGGACCAAGCUGCCACCGUGGUACAGGCCGCAGGCAGAGGCGUUUUCGACAACGGCAAGACGCUCAGUAUCGAAGAGCGCGAGUUUGACUAUAAAACGGAACGAGGACAGGACUACAAGUUCUUCUUGGUGGACACCCCAGGGUACGGCGACCAUGUGAAUGUCAGCCAAAGCUUCCAACCGGUGGUAGACUACAUCAUGAACGGGAACAGGAGGUACCUGGCGGAAGUGAGGAAGGGCAACGAGACACCGAAGGAGGACGGCAGGACGGACGUCUGCAUAUACUUCAUUGCUGCUCAUCGGUGCAAGCCCAUCGACAUCGAGUACAUGAAGCAGCUCACCAAGGCUGUGGCCGUAAUCCCCGUGAUCGGUAAAUCCGACAGCAUGACGGUGGACGAGAUGAAAGACUUCAAGACGGGCAUCGUUGAUCUUGCUGCUCAAGACAAUGAGCUCGAGUUUUUCCAGUUCUCGGAUACGUCAUGGAACGAAUGCCUCACAACCCUAGGAUUCACUGCCACACCCGACUGGCUGGGAGAAAGGCAGCCGCCCCCUUACGCCGUGAUCUCGAGCAAGGUGGACGAGCCCCACGGGGGCCUCAUCCGCAACCCUGCACGUAGGUACCCGUGGGGCACCUGCCGUGUCAUGGAAACGACGCACAGCGACAACACCUACCUCCAAUGUCUUUUGCUGGAGGUGGGCUUCCAGGACAUGAAGGACGAGAUGAAGGCGCGCUACAAAGCUUUCGUUAAAGAGCAGACAAGGCCUAUAACGGAGGUUACCGUCGGCGUUAUCAAGAGCCUUCCUCGGCGGGCCUCGUACGCCGCUCUCAACGUUGUUCACGAGGCUGAGGGUCGCCGUCCCAAGUCCGUUCUGGCCCUGACGAUGGCGGCGGUCUGCGCCAUGGUCGCGGUGAUGCUGGCGUACCUUCUUUGCGGGGUCAGCGGCGCCCCCCCGAUCUUGGGGGGAGGCAUGCACAACCCUCCCGAGGGCCUGGCCGACUGGGCCAAAGUCAUCGAAAAAAUUCAGGAGCUCGAAGGAUGGGAACGCAUCUUGGCGGCGGUGAACUCUGGCGGGGAGCAUCUGGACGUCCUCAUCGAUGUGCUCAUCGAGGACUACAAAAUAAAAUAUGGAGCUGAAGAGCAAGCGAGGCCUACCUAG